ACAAUAAAUUUAAAUUUAAUUCGGCAUCGUUUAGUUCCGUUUUACGCUGAAUCGAGUGCAGUUCUCAAACUCAAAAUGAAUCGAAUUAUAAAAACUGUUGUUUUGAUACUCUUAGUACAAAAACUUUCUACUGCUGAAGCUUUUAUGGACGAGACUUGUGAACUGAACCGAGAAAAGGAACAACAGUGCCGCAGUUAUACUUACUCCGUUGUUAAGCCUAUGCUAGAUUACUUGCACCAAGUGAGCGAAGAGCUACAAGAAAGCAAAUCAAAAGAUGAAAUCAUAAAGGACUUAAGAGAAAAGUUAGUUCAGCAGGAAAUGAAUGAGGCAUUGAUACAGCUAUUGGGAUCUGAAAUCGAUUUCCAAAACAGAAUAAAUAGUCUAACUAAGAGCAAUAAGAAAUUCAAGACCGAAUUAGCGAGAAAAUCCGCGGAGUUAGAUAGAUUAAAUGUUGACAUGAAAAAACUAAAUUUUAGCCUUUUUCAAAAGAAUCAAGAAAUUGCAAAGAUUAAUAUCAACAAAAAUAAUGAAAUAGAGAAAUUGCAGUCUCAGAAUGAUUCACAGAAACAAUCUAUUGAAAGAUUAGCUAAAAUUGUAGAAAAUUGUGAUAUUUUGUAACUGAAUAUAAAAAAACCGUUGAGUUGCAAUUCAAGGAGAGUCAAGCAAAGUUGCUAAAGAUAGAAAAAGAUAACCAGUUAUGUGAAGCAGAAAAUUAUAAAUUAAAUAUAACAUUUGACAGUAUUCCAUCAGGUUGUUCUUCUUUUAAAAAUAAACCUGGAAUUCAUACGAUCAAUAUUCCUGGUUUUGGUUUAUCCGAUGUUCUAUGUAGCAAUAUCUCGGAAUUUGAAGGUGGUUGGUUAGUAAUUCUACACCAAGUUUUUGGUGGAGAGGAGAAUUUCAAUAGAGAUUGGGCCACCUAUCGCGAGGGAUUCGGUUCCUUGGAUAGCGAAUUUUUCCUUGGACUGGAGAAAAACCAUCGUCUGACAAGUUCUCGAUGCCACAAGUUUUAUAUGAUUAUGAAAGACACAAGGGGUCGCAUUCACGGGACUCAUUAUUUGGAUUUUAAAAUAUCUGAUGAAAACAGUGGAUACGUGCUGAAUUUGGAUGAAAUCCAUCAAGAGUACCCUAUACCCAUAUACGACAUCAAACUAUAUAAAGGCAUGAAGUUUUCAACAUAUGGUCGAGACAAUGACAAACAUAUAUUUAAUUGCGCUUCUCGAAA